CCCGCACGACACGCGUGAGAGCAUCAUGGCGGCGGUACUAAACUUCCUCAACGUCGACGCGCAGCUCCCUCUCACGGAGGGCGCGGACGUCGACUACAUGAACAAAUCCUCCGAGGGCUUCAAGAAGGCCAAGGCGACGCUCUCGCCCGCGUUCGCCUCCAACGUCAACGCGUACGACGUCCUCGUCCCGAUCGGCACGACGCACCUCAACAUCAUGGCGACGUCCUUCUCGCGCGCGUCCGUGAAGAUCGACGGUCACCCGGGCAACAUGGCCGUCGUCGCCGUGAAGGACGGCGCGGCGGUGUCCGUCACCCUACACGACGGCGCGGACGGCGACGGCGUCGUCGCGACGUACGUCUUGACCGCGAAGGCGUCGGGGGACGCGUCCGGCGCGGUGACCAUCUUGCACGAGAAGCCCCCCGUCGCCGCGGACGACGCGCCGCCGCACACGCACAUGCACGGCGGCGUUGCGUGCACGGCGGAUCACAGCAAGGACGGCGACGCGCACGGGCACUCGCACGACGGCGGAAAGACGACGUGCACGAAAGAUCACGGGCACUCGCACGACGGCGGGAAGACUGAGUGCCACGAGGAUCACGGUCACGGCCACGGUCACGGCCACGGCGAGAAGAAGGAGGAGGCGUCGCACUCGCACGGGCACGGGCACUCGCACGAUGGCGGAAAGACGGAGUGUCACGAGGACCACGGCCACGGCCACGGUCACGGCGAGAAGAAGGAGGAGGCGCACUCGCACGGACACGGGCACUAACCUUAACUUUAGGCGCUAAAACUUCAUUAAAGCAUCCUCGCGUCGUCGUC